AUGGACGAGAAACUAGAGUCUAGCUCGGAGAUCUAUGCCCUGGCUCAUGCUGCCUUUCUGGAGUACUCUCUAGCUAGAUUUACACCGUGUGUUUUUACUAACGUAACCUUGUACAAGGUGCAAGCGCUGACUGGUGUAGCUAGCCAACUAAAGUCUCAGGAAUUUGGAAAGUCGUGGGAAGAAGUGCAAUCAGAGGAUGACCGGGAAUUACUAGAUAACCUAGAAGAAGACUGGUCUGACUGGGAAGAGCAUCCUGUGUGUGCAGUUUGCCUGUUCUGUGAACAACAAGCGGACACCACAGAAAAACUGUAUCUUCACAUGCAGAAAUCACAUGGAUUUGACUUUCCUAAAAUGAAGUCAGAGCAUGGUCUGAACUUCUAUCAGCAAGUAAAGCUAGUGAACUUCAUCAGAAGAGAAAUCCAUCAUCGUCGUUGUUACAACUGCCAGGAGAAAUUUCAGUCUAAAGGAGGAUUGAUAAGUCAUAUGGAAGAGACCAAACACAUUACAUUCCUGCCAGCCAGGUCUACGUGGGAUCAACCACAGUACUACUUUCCUACCUAUGAAAAUGACACACUCCUGUGUACGCUGUCAGACAGUGAAGAUCUGAUAACUGAUGAUCAAAGUGAGGAUGUCCCCGUUAUAAGCGAAGAUGUAUCCAAUCUAGAAGCUCUCAAACAGAGCAGUGUUUUAAACCAGCUCCUGCAUGAAGAGAAUAAGAGUCAGGAGAAAUUCUGACCUUGAAUUACAGUUACUGAUCUUUGGGUGUUUCUUCUGCAAGACAAAAAGAAAUGCAUUCUUUCACUAAUAUUGGAAUACAGUUUAACUCAUAGAUGUUAUCACUGGGCAAACAUAUGGAAGUGAAUGCCAAAUAAAAUUUAAGUGU